CCCGCCUUCCAAGCCUAGGAUCGCCGGUGCAGGUCGUCGCCUUCAAAGAACGUCGAAUUUGCAGCCACGGAUACCUGUUUCGCACGUCCUAACAGAAGAAGCAAAAGAAACCACAAUGUCGUCGAUGCGCAACGCCGUCCAGCGGCGCUCCCAUAGGGAGCGUGCCCAGCCCGUGGAGCGCCAACGUUUCGGCCUCCUCGAGAAGCACAAGGAUUACUCCCUCCGUGCGAAAGAUUACAAUAAGAAGAAGGCGCAGAUCAAGUCCCUGCGCCAAAAAGCUGCCGAACGCAACGAGGAUGAGUUUUAUUUCGGCAUGCUUAGCCGCAACUCCAUGGGCUCGCGCCUCAAGGACGGCAGGAAGUGGUCUGGCACCGUAGCCGGCGACCGCGGCAACAAGGCUAUGGAUAUGGAAACGGUACGGCUUCUCAAGACGCAGGACGUCGGCUACGUGCGCACCAUGCGUAACGUCAUCUCCAAAGAGGUGAAGCGCCUCGAGGAGCAGGUCGUGUUAGUUGGCGGCAUCGAAGCGGCGAGCCAGAAUGGUGAUGAUGGGGACGACAGCGACGACGAUAUCGAAACGAGGCCCGCAGCGCCAAGAAAGAUUGUUUUCCUGGACGGCACGGAGGUCAAGGCAGAGGCCGCUCAGCAGGAGGCGAUGGACCUGGAUGGGGAUGGGAGCGACGAGGAUGAGUUCAAGGGAUUCGACGACGACAAGGAGGACGACGGCAACGACGACGCCCAGACACAGAAGGAAAAGACACUCCAGCGGUUACGGCUGCAACUACAAAAUGCGAAAAAGAAACUCAAGGUCCUCAGCAAGGCGGAGGAGGGCCUCGAGAUACAGCGGGCCAAGAUGGCCAAGACGGCGACCUCAGGCGGUACGACGAAGAAGGGCAAGAAGAUCAUGGUCCGGACGCGCAAGCGGUAAACCAAGAGUGGUGUGUUGUACCUUGGAAAUUGGGCGGCUGGCGGUUGGCGAACAAAAGUUUCGGUUGCGUUUUUUCGGGGGUUUCCCCGCCUUCUUCUUUCCCCGUUUCUUCAUUUCAGUCCUAUUAUCUGAGCGUUUAUAGGGGAAAAGACAGCCCAGGCUUAGAAACGUCGUCAUGCGAUACCCAGGCACCCCGGAGUAUGGAUCUAGAUGUACAAAGAAAGAAUAUCAUCGCUCAUGUCCUUCUCCGUGCAAGGUCUCUCUCAUAAGUAAAUCUCCAUUAUUCCAAGACCGUCCUAACCAGAGAAAAGUAAGAUAAAUCCCUAGAACGUUCAUGCAUCGACAAAGUGGUAUCUCAUUUCCAUCAAAUUCAUUCCCGAGUUGUCCCUUUUCUUCUUUC